GGUGCGCGGCUCACACAUUUGGGCAGGUAUGCAGGUAACUGAGGGGGAGGGGUGGAAAAGCCACCUCUUCCUGUUUUCGCCGUCCUCACAGGGCUCGCCCCAGCUCAUGCCUCUUCCCAACGCUUCUUCUUGAUUUUUCUUCCCCAAGGGAUUAGUUUUUUUUGCAUUUUGUUCAGGGGGGCAGCACUUAAAAACAAACAGAAAUUUACCUUGCGUCUGAACACCUCGCUCCACACUCAGGAGAUCCCCGUUCAGGUAUCCCGCACUGCACGAAAAGGGCAGCCAGAAUGGACGCGUCGACCCCCCAGGCGUGUGACCAGCAGCUGUGUCAGUACCACGGGAAGUGCGUGACGGUGGACGGCGAGCCCGUCUGCGAGUGCCUGCUGGGGUACCGGGGCGCGUUCUGCCAGGACCGGGUCAGCGAGUCCAUCCGGGUGCCGCUGACGCUCGGGGUGCUGGGGGUGAUCGGCGGGGCCAUCCUCCUGGCCUUCGCCUGCAGGUUCAUAUGGAAGAGGGUGAAGACGUUUCGGAGGAAAUCUGUGGGUACUUCACAGAGGAUCGCCCUGGUGGAAAUGGUCGACAGAGGAACCUCCAGUUACAAUCAGUCGCUGUAGGAUUUCAGACCAUUUGCCUUCACUUGCCUUUCAAAUCCUUUGGAAAAACUGACGGAACAACUCUGUGAGACCCAGAAUGCACUGCACCCACUUACAUUCGCACACAGAUCUAAAAGAGGCAUUGAUGUUGACAUCACCACCAUUUUUUCCGUAAAGCUUGAAAGCUUGAAGACUUUUCAUCUGAUUGGAAGCCAUUUUGCAGACUUUGUUUUAGAUUUUAGUACAGUGGGGUGGAAUAUUGACUAACCCCCAAACCUAACAGGGUGAACUGGGUAAACAAAUGCCUGCCAGAUAAGCUUCUCCCAUCCACAGGAUCUCCACAAGGGCGGUACAGUACAUUGCCAAUCCCCUCCAUUAUAUCUGCUUCAGAGACAACUGCAGGAGCCCAUAUAUGGACAGGCAAAUUUUACAGUUACAGUAUUUUUCUCACCGCCUCUUUGCGCAAUAGUGAGCGGCUAUUUCUGUGGUAAGACAUUGAAAAAUCAAAGUUGUGUCAGGUUGUUGUUUUUCAAAAACACACUGACCAGAUUUAAUCUUCAAAACUGGAAAAACUAUUCUUAUAUAGACUCCGUUCCAGUAAUCUCAUCCAGUGGUUAAUCUGAUAAACAUUUAAGUUAAAGCUUGAGAUAGAGAAAUUUUCAUUGAAAAUAAUCUUGAGCCUAAAACCAAUAACUUAUUUAAAUGUAAUUAAAGUGAGUAUAUUAAUGAAAACAUUUUUUUUUAAUUGUGUGACUGCAUACAUUUUGUAACAGUGACAGUGAUAUAAACCACAUUACUUUAAGGUUUACAUUACUGUGCCCUUAUCUGUAAACACUGCCCUUAUCUGUGAAUCUGAUUUGGUAGCUAUUAAUAUUAGUUUACCUGAACAAAUAUUCAAAUCUGCAGUAUUUUUCUGUCACCUUUCUGACAGAGCUGCUUCUGUGCUGCUGUCUGAUUUUUUUAAACUUUUUUUUUAAACAAACGCCUUUUUUUACAUCAAGCACUAUGGAUAUUCCCAUACUGUAUACUUUAUCAACUGUGCAAAGAAAUGCCCCUUGGUAUAACUUUGAUUACAUUCCUUUAACAGAAAUUCUAAUUGUUUCAGUUAAAUUAUCAAAGUUGCAUCAGCACUGAAAAGAGCUUAAUAUUGCUAUGGAAAAAUAGCAUAUGCUACCUCUGGUUUUAUACUUGCUCAUUACUCACUCCACGAAUGAGUCCAUAAAUCUGAGGUUUAUAUCUUUGAGCUUGUACCUGUAUUUAACAACAACAACAACAACAACAACAGCAACAAAAAGUUCAGAAAGAUGACUUGGAUCACUAAAUAAAAUGAAAAUGUUCAUGAACACUGA